AGUAUUAAGUUUCAUCCUAUAAAGAACCUAAAGGAGGCCCGGGAGGCGGGUCAGUAACGCAAUGCAAAUUGAUUGGCAUUCAGACCGUAGACGUCCUGGAUUAGCCCUGAGUUUCGCCAAUCCAGAGGCAGGGGUGGGACGGUGCAGGCGCAGAGGACUGGGUUUGUGUGGACUAGAUUUAAAGAGACAGAAGCUGUCGGGGGUCCAAGAAGUCUGUUCUUAAGACCCUCUCCCUAAGUCCUUGGGACCACUCGGGUCCCCAAAGCUGGGGAGAUGGUUUGCGGCGGCUUUGCCUGCUCCAAGAAUGCGCUGUGCGCGCUCAACGUGGUCUACAUGCUGGUAGGCUUGUUGCUCAUUGGAGUUGCUGCUUGGGGUAAGGGCCUGGGUCUGGUGUCCAGCAUCCGUAUCAUCGGAGGAGUCAUUGCUGUAGGAGUCUUCCUUCUUCUCAUCGCGGUGGCUGGACUGGUGGGCGCUGUUAACCACCACCAAGUACUGCUCUUCUUUUACAUGAUCAUCCUUGGUUUGGUCUUCAUCUUCCAGUUUGGAAUCUCUUGCUCAUGUCUGGCCAUUAACCGAAGCAAACAGACAGCUGUCAUCAAUGCUUCUUGGUGGGUCAUGAGCAACAAGACCCGGGAUGAACUGGAAAGAAGUUUGGAUUGUUGUGGCUUAUUCAACCUCACAACCCUGUAUCAACAAGAUUAUGCUUUUUGCACUGCAAUCUGCAAGAGCCGGAGGCCCACGUGCCAGAUGUGUGGAGAAAAGUUUCUUAAGCAUUCAGAUGAAGCCCUGAAAAUCCUGGGGGGUGUUGGACUCUUCUUUAGCUUUACAGAGAUCCUUGGUGUCUGGCUUGCAAUGAGAUUCCGGAAUCAGAAGGAUCCUCGAGCUAACCCCAGUGCCUUUCUAUGAGACUCUGGAUUCUUCUGACUUCUUUCCUCUUCUCCCUAAGCUUUUUCUUCCUUCCUUAGGGAAAACCCAGGGUCAGUAGACUUUUUUUGUUUGAGAAAAAGGAAAGGCCCUUUGCCAUCCCCUGAAAGUAACUGAAUAGCCAGGCUCUUUGCCUUGACAUGUUUUAGUGGGAGCAAGAGUAUAAGGAAUAAAGAAAAACUUCCUCUCUCCCUGAGUGGAUAUGGGAAGCUCCUGGGAUUGUUAUGAGAUGGUAUGGGGGUCAGAGUCUCCCCUCUUCCUUUCCACAUGCUGGAUGACCACAACACACCCUGGCCUGUCUCCAAGGGGAAACCAAGGACAGAGAAAGAAAACCACCAAGAAUUCUUUCUUAUAAUAAGUAGGACCCAGUUUUGGGGAAAUUCAGUGAAUAUAAAAAUAAAAGCCAUUUAAACUCCAUAGUCAAAGAAGCAAAUUAAAUGCCUUGUCUUCUCUUACUAGUCGAGGGGCUCCAUUGGCUGUGUAGGCCCUGUGCAGACCUAAGGAGAAUCUUUAAGAUUCUGCUGUCUUCCAAAUCCCCAGGUGGCAAAGCCAAUCAAAGGAAGAAACAUUAAAAAAAAAAAAAA